CGAGAAAAGUGGAUAAACGAAUUCCCGAUUUCCCCCGCUCUCUCGCCCGCAGAAAAUGCUACGGUUACCGUCUCCGCUUCUUCCGGUUCGAUUUCCUUCCAACUCUAUCACUUACUAUCCAGUCCUCCACCACCAUCUCAUAUUCCAGCCGCCUCUCUCCGCCGCCGCCGCCGCCGCCGCACUCACAGCCGCCGCCACUUUGCGCUACUCCUCUCCUUCUUCGAGUAAAGGUCUGGAUAAUGAUGAAGAAGAAGAAGACGAGAACGAGGGCGGAGAUGAAGAUGACAUUCUUCCUCUCCAGAGCCGUCGCUACGACUUCACUCCGCUCCUCAAUUUCCUCGCCGGCCAACUCUCGGAAGCUUCUCCGGCCACCGCCGAUUCCCCCGGCUGCUCAUCCACGUCACCGAGCGUGCUCGACUCGGCCGAGUUCCAGCUCGCUGAGUCGUACCGCGCCGUGCCAGGUCCGCUCUGGCACUCCUUGCUGAAAUCCCUCUGCUCGUCUCCCGAUUCCAUUGGACUAGCCUACGCCGUCGUCACCUGGCUCCAGCGGCACAAUCUCUGCUUCUCGUACGAGCUCCUCUACUCGAUUCUCAUCCACGCGCUAGGGCGCUCGGAGAUGCUCUACGAGGCGUUCCUUCUUUCGCGGAAGCAGUCGCUGAAUCCCUUAACGUACAACGCGCUGAUCAACGCCUGCGUGAGGAACAACGAUGUCGAGAAGGCCUUGAAUCUGAUUUCCAGGAUGCGGCAGGACGGGUAUCCUUCUGAUUUCGUCAAUUACAGUUUGAUUAUCAAGAAUCUGACUCGGAACAAUAGCAUCGACUCUCCGAUUCUGCAGAAGGUUUAUGAUGAAAUCGAAUGCGAUAAGCUUGAGCUCGAUGUGCAGCUUUCGAAUGACAUAAUUGUAGGGUUUGCUAAAGCAGGGGAUUCCAGCCGAGCUAUGGAGUUUCUGGCUAUGGUGCAAGGGAAUGGGUUGAGUGUGAAAACUGGGACGCUUGUGGCUGUUAUCUAUGCUCUGGGGAAAUCUGGUAGGACUGUAGAAGCUGAGGCUAUUUUUGAGGAAAUGAAGGACAAUGGUCUGCAGCCGAGGACUCGAGCUUAUAAUGCGUUGUUAAGAGGGUAUGGGAAGGCGGGUUUGCUUAAGGAUGCCGAAUUCGUGGUGACGGAAAUGGAGAGGAAUGGGGUUUCCCCUGAUGAACAGACGUUUGGCUUUCUAGUUGAUGCUUAUGCGAAUGCUGGGAGAUGGGAGAGUGCUAGAGUUGUGCUGAAGGAAAUGGAAGCGAGAAAUGUGAAGCCGAAUCCUUAUGUAUACAGUAGAAUCUUGGCUUCUUAUCGUGAUAGAGGGGAAUGGCAGAAGUCGUUUCAGGUUUUGAGGGAGAUGAAGGACAUUGGAGUCAAACCUGACAGGCACUUCUACAAUGUCUUGAUUGAUACGUUUGGGAAAUUUAAUUGUCUCGAUCAUGCAAUGGCUGCAUUUGAUCGGAUGCUUUCGGAAGGAAUACAACCUGAUACAGUCACAUGGAACACUCUUCUGGAUUGCCAUUGUAAGGCUGGACUCCACGAAAGAGCAGAAGAGUUAUUCGAGGAAAUGAUAGAAAAGGGUUACUCUCCUUGUGCUGCAACAUUUAACAUCAUGGUGAAUUCAUUUGGACAGCAGGAGAGGUGGGAUGAUGUGAAGAUUUUGCUGCAGAGGAUGCAGGGCCAUGGUUUGUUGCUUAAUGUUGUAACCUAUACAACGCUGAUUGAUAUCUAUGGCCGAUCAGGGAGGUUUGAAGAUGCAAUGCAGUGCUUGGAAAACAUGAAAGCUUCGGGAUUUAAACCGACUUCUACUAUGUACAACGCCUUGAUAAAUGCCUAUGCACGAAAGGGAUUGUCUGAAGAGGCUGUAAAUGCUUUUAAGAUCAUGACAGCUGAUGGCCUAAAGCCUAGUAUGUUAGCACUCAACUCAUUGAUCAAUGCAUUUGGCGAAGAUAGGAGAGAUGCAGAAGCUUUUGCAGUACUGAAGUACAUGACAGACAAUGACUUGAAGCCUGAUGUGGUGACCUAUACUACACUCAUGAAGGCUUUGAUUCGUGCUGAUAAGUUCGACAAGGUGGCUUCAGUAUAUGAAGAAAUGAUUUCAUCUGGGUGCAAACCGGAUGGUAAAGCUAAAGCAAUGCUGAGAUCUGCACUUCGGUACUUGAAGCAAACGCUAUGACAUUUUCUGCAGAAGGUUGCACACCAUCUAGGCAGGGUGAUUAGACAGAUUCACAUAAUGUUGGAUGAAUGUUCAUAUUCAAGCUUAUUUACCAACUCGAGGGAUUCUGGUUCGGGAAAGGAAGCUUGUACCUUACAACAACGUAGCCCGAGUAUGCACCAAAGCAAGAGAAAUCAAAGCUUGUAAAGCCGUCAAUGUAGCUUCAUGCUCCGCUCUCUUGGAUUAAAGAUCUGCCUUCAAAUGGGCUUCAUCCAUGUGGUUUGGUCCCAUUUUGAAAAUCUCGAAGAAUGCUGCCGACCAGUCGUUGAGAACUCUGUUGAAGGUAGCAUGAUCAGUAGGAUUGAACAUUUUGAAACAGUCCUUUGCUGAAGCUGUGGAAUCCCCGUACACCUCGAAGGUGAAAGCCAUGGGAACUUUCACAACAUCGUACAUGUAAUCUGUUGCUGUCCCAUGGGCAAGAUACCUAAAUACAACAUAAUUUAAAUAGUAAGUUCCAAGUUAAAAUGUUUCUAUCAAACAAAUCUACAAGGAACCGAACAAAGAACACAUACCCAACAGAGCCUCC